AUGGUGCCGGCAGCGGGGGCGACGCGCCAUGGAUUCGCACUGAGGAGGUUUCGGGACGUUUUGUGCGGUGAUCGCUGCCAUGGCGUGGUCGUGGUGGGCGGCAGCGCAGAGCCUGCCCUGGGCGGAGGUGAUGCUGGGGGCGGGCGUGCUGGUGGUGAUCCUGUGGGUGUCGCGACGAUCCCUUCGUCGCUCAGCCGCCGACGCCGCGCUCGAGGUCAUUUUCCCUUUAGUUGUGUUCCUCUAGAAAUGAAGCACGUUUUCUUUUCACAUGGCUGGAUAAUACGUGUUCUUGCGGAGGAGAGCAAGCAGCCCCAGCCCCCGGUGCAGGCGCCGGCGCCAGCGCCGGAGGGCCAGCCGUCGACGCCGCCCGACGUGGGCGGGCUGCUGUCGGAGCGGCUGGGGCGGCUGGACGCCGCGUCGCAAGACUGGCGCAAGCGCGUGGGGCCGUCGGACGCCGUGCAGUUCUCGGUGGCCGGGCGCAUGCACCUGACGCCGCGCGACCUGCGCGCCUCCCCGGCCCUCGCGCGCGCCCGCGCCAAGGGCCGACGCCCACGCCCACGCCGGACGCCGACGCCGCGGCGGGCGAGCGCUUUGGCGCGGGGCCGGAACUCAGCGCCAGAGUUCCUCUUCCGCCGCUCAAUGGCGGCGGCUCUCCGUGCGAGGGCGGCGGGGCCUGCAGAAGAAGAACCGGCGCCCGCUUUUGCGCUUUCCGCGGCAAGACGGGUAGAUGUUAACUCAAAAUUCAUCUUAUAUACUAUUCAAUUAAUUUAUUUUUUAGCCCAGCUUAAAGAAGCCCAAUCAACUCCAUCAUCACCCCAAAAAGAACCUCUUGUCACGCUGAAACGCAGUGUCUCAGCACCUCAAGGCGAUGACAAUGGUGUCCAAACUGAAGAAUCAUCACCUACUGCUAAAGUUGCUAUUCCAAGACCUGAUGAUGAAACAUUUACUCAAUUUUACAGUAGCAUCAGUACAGAAAAAUUGCAACUACAACAACAAAGGCUUGAAAUAAAUGAUACAGAUCUUGAUAACAUUGUUAGUCAAACUACUAGUUUACUUGUUCAAAAGCGCUCUGUCAAAAUACAACGUCGCAAAUUUACAUCUCGCAACCCUAUUAAGUCAUUACAAGCACGAACAGAUUUGAGAGAUGAAUAUGAAGAAGUGAAAAUUGGAGUAGCAGAUAAAGAAUUGAAGAGAUUACGAGUGGAACAAUUGGCAAAACAUUCUUCCUUGGCUGUAGAAGCACUUGCAGGACUUGCCAGUAAAGAGGAUUUUACAGCUGUUCAGUUGAAAAAGGCUGUGGCCAAUUCAUCAGCAAUGUUACCUUAUCAGGAUCUUAUGCUCUUGCUAAUUAAAGGAAGAAGACAUGUUCAGACAAGAUUAGUAGAACCAGUAGCCAGUAGUAUUAAUUCUGGAGACAACUAUGUACUUGUUACUCCAACAGAGGUUUUCAACUGGGUUGGGCGUUACUCAAAUGUAAUUGAACGAUCAAGAGGUGCAGAAGUUGCUUUGCACAUAUUACAGCACAAAGACUUAGGCUGUACAAGUGCCAGUCAGGUGACUACUAUCAGUGAAGAAAAGCCCACUUGCUCCUUGAGACAACAAGAACGUUUCUGGAAAUUAUUGGGUUCUGAUUCAAAAACUGUGGCCAUUAAUGCUGGACAUCCCGAUGAAGAUGAACUCUUUGAAACCUCUGUGAUAGCCACUAACAUGAUAUAUGAAGUACAAGGAGAAGAACUAGUGCCUAUGGAAGAAUUCUGGGGAAGCAUACCUCGCAUUAGUAUGUUGGACCCUGCCAAGAUACUUGUAUUUGACUUUGGAUCUGAAUUGUAUGUAUGGAAUGGAAAAAACACACCUGUAGAAGCUCGCCGACAAGCUCAGAGACUAGCCCGAGAACUGUGGGAUGAAGGCUACGAUUAUUCUGAAUGUGAUGUGUGUCCUCUGAAUGUUUCAUCAUCAUUAGGCUCUCGAAGUGUUGAAAAUGAUGAUACAGUCUUGGCGAGUGGAUCAAAUAGACCUAACUGGUCUCUCUUGGCUCGUGUCACUCAACACAUGGAAACCAUCCUUUUCCGAGAAAAAUUUCUGGAUUGGCCUGAUUUCUCAAGAGUUAUUCGUACUAAAGGAUCUGAAGAAAAUGAGAAACAGACUGAAACCACUAUAGAUGUAAAACCCUGUGAUGCAAAGGAAAUGUUGAAACCAAAUACAAAUGACCCAGAUCUUGUACUUGAAAAUACACAUUUAGGGCGUGGAAAUCAAUUUUUUGAUGAAGAGACUCACAGACAUUAUGAAAUUUCAACAAUUGGUGUUACUGUCUGGCAUAUUCAGGAGUAUGAAUCAUCCCAACUUCCAUCAAUUUCUGUAGGGCAGUUCCAUUCAGAGGACAGUUAUGUAGUUCGAUGGCAGUAUUCUGUAACAGUCACAGGUCGUGAAUUAAGCAGUGGUCAACCAUCUCGGCAUUCUGUAGUCGGACGUGAUCGAUGUGCAUACUUUUUCUGGCAGGGCCAGAAUGCAUCGGUUAAUGAGCAAGGUGCAGCAGCAUUGCUUACUGUGGAACUAGACCGUGAGCAUGGGCCUCAAGUAAGGGCAGUAGAAGGGACAGAGCCCCCUGCAUUCUUGCGUCUUUUUGAUGGUGGUAUGACAGUUCAUACAGGGCAUCGAGAAUCAGAGCCUACAACUGAAAGCAAGCAAGAAGAAUCCUGGAAAUUGUUCCUUUGCCGUGGCGAAAGAGUUGAAGAAGCCGUGCUUGUGCAAGUAGCAUGUAGUACGAGACACUUCCGAAGUAGAGCUGGAUUGGUACUUCUUAAUACAAGCACAGGAGUUUUGUAUGUGUGGUAUGGUGCCAAAGCUAGUCAAAAUACCUGCAAGGUCACUCGCAAAGCAGCAGAAAAAUUGAAGACAAGUAAAGCUCCAGAAUAUGGAAUUAAGAGUGGAGUGGCAAUCACAAUUCAUGAAGAACACGAGGGUGAAGAAAGCAAAGAAUUUAUGAAAGGUCUUGGAGGCAGUAACAGACAUUUGUAUGUAUCGCUGACGAACCAUCUUAAACCAUUGCUCCACUCUCCGCGUCUUUUCCACUUCAGUAGUGUAUCUGGGAACUUCACAGCAACUGAAAUACUUGGCCCUUACCGUCAAAUAGGAGAGACUGUGGCAUACCCUUUUCUACAGAGUGAUUUAUAUAGUGCUAGUCAGCCAGCUCUCUUUCUAUUGGACAAUGAUACUGAGUUGUGGCUUUGGCAAGGAUGGUGGCCCUAUGACCCUGAGGACCAGAGUUUAGAUUCUAGUAUUCAAACUGGUUCUGGAGCAGUCAGAUGGCAAGCAGAACGCAGAGCUGCAAUGCAGACUGCUUUAGAUUAUUGGCAUCUUUCUCAUACCGACCACAAAGCAUCAACUAAUGUGCCUGCGUUCCUGGUGUGGGCUGGUUUGGAACCUCUACAAUUUACGAACCUCUUCCCAAUGUGGACAGAUCGAGAUGAUAUUGCUGAAAUUAAUAUUAGAGAUGGGAAAAAGCCUGGAGAGGUACUAGAGGUGGAAAUGGAAUUGGCUCGUCUCACCCGCUCAACAUAUCCACCAGCUCAACUUCUUCAGAGACCGUUACCUGAUGGUGUGGAUCCUACUCGCCUUGAACUGUAUCUUGAGCCUCAUCAUUUCCAAGAACUGCUGGGUAUGAGUAAAGAAGAGUUUAUGGAGUUACCAUCUUGGAAACAAACAAACAUUAAAAAGGAAGUUGGUUUAUUCUAAAUGGAGCAAAUGGGAGAAUGAAACUAGAUAUUUAUUUUUGUGUGAAAUAAUAAUGUGAAUUAUUUCACUGGACAUAUUUUCAUUGUUACCACUUUUUGAGAAACCUGCAGUUAACACUGUUGUUCCUCUUUACCUGCAUUAUUCAUCACAUUUAAAAACUCUUUGUACUGAAGAAUGUUUUAUACAUAAAUAAUUUUUAAUUACAGUAUCUUUCAAUGUGUAUAAAUUGUUGUUAUUUCCUCAAAUUUUUUUUAAUAUAAUUAAAUUUUUUGGGAAUCAUUUACUCAUGAGGAAGAAAUUAUCAAUUUCUAGUAGAAUUCAUUGGGAAUUAAAAUAAAUGCAUACCUAAACCAAAUAAAUCCACUAAGGAUUGCAAGACAACCAAAUUUAGGGAAAUCGGAAAUUUAAAAAAGAAUAAAUCAUUAAGAAACUAUGCUAAAAUGAAAGCUUGUUUAAAAAAUGCAAAUGGGCUUUUAGAAAGAAAGCAAAAGUCUUUCUUGUUUUUUUAUAUUUAGUACAAUUUGCAUUGAAUUAUAAGUCUGUUUUCUUGUGAUAUUCCCUCUCUUCCAAUUUACUUGCAUUUCUUUAAAUGACAAGUUGUUUAUACUGUGACCCAAAUGUGUACAUGGACAUUUUGAAUAUAUCAGCAAGACAAAUCAAUGUUUGAUAUAGAAUUAUUUCUAAUUGAUAGCUUUUUGAAAUAUAUAUCUUGUUUAUGAGAGAAAUAACUGAACUGCCCUUACCCUAAAACUAUGCUCUAAUAUUAAUGUAUUUUCAUUAGCUGCAAGCUUGCCCAAAGAAAAUGCAAGGCUCAUCUAAAUGAAUAUCACACGUUUCAUUUUCCCUGUUCAGUUACUAUUUUAAAAAAAUUGGUGUACUAUAACAUUGUGAUAUUGUUACUAGAAUUGUAGGUUUGUUGUAUGUGAAUAUAUGAUAUAAGGAAUUUGAUGUAUAAAAAUAGGAAGGUUUCCAGUCUAAAAGGCAAUGCUUCCGCUUUCAAGACAGUUCAAGAACUUGCAGAUAAAAAUGCAUUUGAAGGAGCUGUUGUCAUAUUACCCUGCUAACACAUUCUUGUGAUUGUUGCCUCUUAUAGCUAUUUUUACUUAUCUUGUAUAAAAUAAACUCUUUUUAAUUGGCAGUGUAAUAUUCAUAUGUUCCUACUUGUUCAUUAAUAAUUGCAUUUUGUUCUUUGUGCUGAAAAGGCAGGUGAUUCUAUGUGCCAUGCCAUUUUAUUGUGGCAUUUACUUGUGCAAUCCUGUGCCUUUCUUGUGAUGUCAGAUUUGAAGACAAGCUAAACUUGUGUGAAGAAAACAAAAGGAAUCAGUCCUUUUUGAGGCUUCUAGUCCAUUCUUUCUAUUAUUUUCUUCUGUUAUGUUUGUGAUAUUGUGGUUUCAUAACUUCAAAUGAGAUAAAAUGUUUUUGAAAGUGUGAUGUAAAUGCCAGUGUUGCCUUAUUCCUUUUGCUUGAGUGUCCUGCUUUUGUAAUAUUUUGUACAUAAUAUGUAUUUCCAGAGAUCUUUGAAGAUGCAUUGUGAUGCGAUUCCCUUGCCAAUUUCUUGGCAUAUUUUUCUGAACAUAAUUAUGUAUUUACUUACCUGAAUCGUCCUUCUUUUCAUUAAAGAGUGUAGUCAUGUGUCUGUUUUCCGAUGUAUCUUUGUGGGAUUCACAGUUAACAAAAGAAUGGGUAUUCCACAAAGUCAACAUUGGUUUUAGUUGUGAGCUUGUGUCUUAGCACAAAAUGGGAGGAAUAUUUUUCAUUCUUGUAAAAGUUAGCUUCUCACUAUUGAGGUAAACUUCCAUUUUUUUGCUCUUUGUCAGUGUUUUGCUGGUUUUGUUUCAGUUAUUUUGUACAGCAGAUAAUCUGUAAAGAAUUGUAGAUUUUUGGCAGGUGGCUUGUAUACUAUUUCUUAAUUUUUUGUAUAUAACAGAUUAAUUUGUAUAACUAAUAUAAUAUUUAAGUUACACCAAGCAAAUUUGAAAAAUAAAAUUCUUAUACAUUUUCAUGUA